CAUUUGAAAGCAAUUAAGAAAAAAAGAACUACAAUUAAGCCCAUUGCAGACUAUUAAUCAAACUAAGAAAAAACUCUUCCAUUUAUCUUAGUGGUGAGUCAUAUUAAUCGUAAUUAUUGAGCCUUGAUGAUAUUUGGCAACUAAAAAAAAAAGGUACAAUGACAGAUCCGCGCUUAAGACAGUUGAUUAUUAAAACGGGUGUUGUUAAACGAUUAACAAAGGAAAAGACCGUCUAUGAGAGAGAAGUGGUGAUUGAAAGGCAAAGACUGGACAAAUUUAAAACUGAAGGAGCCGAUGAACACGUUCUUAAAAAACAAGAAGAAGUAAUAGAAGAGUGUCUUAUGAUGCUACCGGAUGCGGUAAGAAGAUUGCAAAGAGAAUAUGCUUUAUUACAAAAAUUCCUCGAAGAUGAGGUUGAAUUAAAAGAAACGAAGGAAUACGUAGUAGCAGAACAAGUUUUAGCUGCUGCAGAGGAAGUGAUACCAAAAAACGUGAAAUUCUGAAUAUACGGAAUUAGUUCAUUAC